GCGAAUAUACCCCUCGGUCUCUCCCUCCCUCCCUCCCUCGGUCCCGGUCCCUCGUUUCCAACUUCCCUCGCGCGCCGGCGCCCGCUCACGCCCCAUUUCCACCCUCCCAAAAACCCACACGGGAUCCCGGCACCCUUUCCACUCCUCCAGGCACCAGCGGUCAUGGCGGUGGCCUCAGCCUCGCCCCUCCCCUCGGCGCCGUCAGCCAAGCCCGCCACGGCCCCCUCGCCUCUCGCUCCCUCGUCCGGGUUCCUCGCUCUCCGAGCCCGCCGCUGCGGCGCACCGCGCCUCCGCCCCGCCGCCGCCGCGUGGAGGAGGCUUCGCGUGGAGGCAAUCAGGACGCAGCAGGAGAAGCAGCGGACGGAGGUGCCCGUCGAGGAGUCCGCCCCAGUCAGGGGCGCCGCCGCGCCCCUCGACGGAGUCGGAGCGGACGACCCCAUGGUUGCUUCCUCGGAGGAGAGCUGGGUGGUCAGGCUCGAGCAGUCGUUCAACAUUUUCGCCACGGAAUCGAUGAUUAUGAUACUCGAUGGCGUGUACCGUGAUCGGAACUACGCCAGGUUUUUUGUGCUCGAGACGAUUGCCAGGGUGCCGUAUUUCGGGUUCAUAUCGGUGCUUCACCUGUAUGAAACCUUUGGCUGGUGGAGACGAGCUGAUUAUAUAAAGGUUCACUUUGCGCAGAGCUGGAACGAGUUCCAUCAUCUCUUGAUCAUGGAAGAACUGGGUGGCAACGCUUUAUGGAUUGAUCGUUUCCUUGCACGGUUUAUGGCGUUUUUUUACUACUUCAUGACUGUUGCAAUGUACAUGCUGAGCCCACGAAUGGCAUAUCACUUUUCUGAAUGUGUGGAGAGACAUGCGUAUUCCACCUAUGAUAAGUUCCUCAAGCUCCAUGAAGAGGAAUUGAAAAGACUACCAGCUCCAGAGGCAGCAUUGAACUAUUACCUGAAUGAGGACCUUUACUUAUUUGAUGAGUUUCAGACAGCAGGAGUUCCAUGUUCUAGGAGGCCUAAAAUAGAUAACUUAUAUGAUGUAUUCGUCAAUGUACGAGAUGACGAGGCAGAGCACUGCAAGACAAUGAAGGCCUGCCAAACACAUGGAAAUCUUCGUUCUCCUCACUCAAUGCUUGACUGCUUAGAAGUUGAUUCCGAAUGUGUGAUACCUGAACCUGAAGACGAUUGUGAAGGUUUUGUGGACUCUGUCAAAAAGUCCCUUACAAAGUAAAUAGUAUGUAAAGCGCUCUUUCGUGUGUUUUCAGGCAUCAUGGUAUACAAAGUACAAAAUUUUGAUGAUAUCCUCUAUUUUUUCUUUGUAACUUUUUUUAAGUAAAAUCCAGGUCAUAUAUCACAGAAGUCAUUGUAGAUACAGUUGUGCAACAUUAAUCAAAUAUCUAACACUGCAUAGAUGAGAACAUUGCCA